AUGUCGAUGGAAGUCGGUUCGAUCGACGUGUUGCAGACCAGCAUCUCGCCUCUCACUGCUGAAUUUGCACGGUAUAAGGGAUUAAAGCCGGGCAUAGCGACUUUGCCAAAAGGAUUUCGGAAAACAGCAGAGAAUCGCCAAUUUGAUACUGAUACUUUGUGGGAACGUGAUAUCCAAAUCCCUAUGCGGGAUGGUACUAUAUUGUAUGGCGAUAUCUUCCGCCCCGCGAUCACGUCCGAGAAGGUCCCGAUAUUGCUGGUCUGGAGUCCAUACGGGAAGUCAGGUGUCGGCUUCUUCGAUGUAACCCUUGUCCAGAAUCGAGAUGGCGUGCCCUUGGAUCGCGUGAGCGGUUUUCAGAGUUUCGAAGCCCCUGAUCCAGCCCUAUGGACUGCUCUAGGCUAUGCAGUAAUUAAUGUUGAUGCACGCGGUAUAUUUAAGUCUGGAGGUAAUCAUAGGUGGCAUGGAACCAAGGAAGGGGAAGAUGGCUAUGACACUGUUGAAUUUGUCGGUCAACUACCCUGGACUAAUGGCCGUGUUGUACUCAUGGGAAACUCUUGGCUGGCAACUGCACAAUGGUUUAUUGCUUCCUUGCAGCCACCUCAUUUGGCCGCGAUAAUGCCGCUCGAAGGUCUGAGUGACGUAUAUCGAGAGACUUUAUGCCGUGGCGGUGUMCCCUACAAGCCGUUCUGGACAUUCUUGGGAAAUCACCUGGUUGGUGAGAAUGGACGGGAGGACGUUAUAUCAAUGAUUGAGAAAUAUCCGCUUAUGAAUGAGUACUGGGAAGACAAACGGGCCAAAUCGCACCUGAUUAAAGUGCCUGCAUACAUUCUUGCAAAUGAUUCGGUUGAGGAUUUUAGAAGGUUUCUUGAUUUUUACACCAAGGACAUCAAGAACGGCUGGGAGGAGACUCCUAGAGAUCCCCUUUAUAAUGUACCGUUCUCUGACUGGCCUCCUCCAGAGACUGAAUACCAUAGCCUCUACCUUUCUGAAAGCGGUAAGCUCGUAACAGACUUGUCGGAAGCACAGAAAUCUGGCGCAGUAUCUUAUCAAUCAGAUGCGCCGUCUCUCCAAAUGGAUAACGAUACAGAAGAAAUCCAAUUCAGAGUUACCUUUACCGAAAAAAUGACAAUUGUCGGAGCCUCCAAAGCAGUACUAUAUGUAUCAUGCCCAGAUCACAACGACUUCGAUGUCUUUGUACAACUACGCAAGGCAGACAAGGAUGGCACUAUACUACGGAAUUGCAAUAUCCCGCUGAAAGAUUUAGGCGUGAACAAUGUCAAAGAGGUCGAUCUCGUCAAUAUUCUGCACUAUCUCGGUCCUACUGGCAUCAUCCGCGCAAGUCACCGGAAGAUAGAUCCUGCGCUCUCAAAACCGCAUUGGCCUGCUCAUGAUCAUACGAGCGAAGACAAGAUAGCCCCUGGUACGAUUGUCAGGCUUGAGAUUGGAAUUUGGGCUACAGCAAUACAUUUCGAACCUGAUGAGCAGUUGGUACUGAAGAUCUCUGGCCAUCAGAUGACAUUAGCUGAGUUUGAACCCCUCCGUGGACUGUUCCAGACUGGUAAUAAAGGUAAACAUAUCGUGCACUUUGGUGGAGACCGUAAGAGUCAUAUACAGAUUCCUAUCGUUCCUGUUUAG